UGUUUAAAAGGCUGGCCAAAAUCGUUGGCUAAUAUAGAUCAUGAGGUGAAAAUAUAUUGUGACCUAAAAAGCGGUAUUUGCGUAGAGAAUAAUUUAGUUUGUCUAGAGAAUCGCAUUGUUGUCCCACUUGCAUUGCGAGAAGUGAUUCUUAAUGAUGUUCACAGUUCAGGCCAUUUUGGUAUUGUUAAGACAAGAGCCAGAGCAAACACCUUAUUUUUUUGGCCGGGCAUGUCUGUCCAAAUCGAAAACUUUGUUAAAAAAUGUGAGGUUUGUGAAAAAUUUUCGCGCAAAGAACCGAAGCAGCCUUUACUUCAGGAACCUCCGCAAACACUGCCUUUCCAUAAGGUCGCCUCAGAUAUUUUAGAGUUCUCAGCAUCCAAUUAUUUGGUCCUUAUUGACUACUACUCUAAAUGGAUCGAGCUAAUAAAACUUCCUUCAAAAACAGCUCAAGCUGUCAUACAUGUACUAAAACCUAUUUUUGCCACUCAUGGCAUUCCAACUAUCUUUAGAGCGGACAAUAUGCCGUAUGAUUCUAUGGAGUUUCGAGACUUCAGUUAUAGCUAUAAUUUUAAACUUGUUACCAGCUCACCCCUGUACCCCAAAAGUAAUGGACUAGCCGAAAAGGCAGUAGGUAUUUGCAAACAAAUGCUAAAAAAAGCACAAGAUUUAGAGUUAGACAUCUACACUUUGUUAAUGGAAUACCGGAACACACCAGUUCUGAAUUCAAAAUUUUCUCCAACCCAACUGUUAUUUAGCCGCCUAACAAAAACCACCCUCCCCAUUUCGGAUAGACUCCUAGAACCGAAAAUUGUUCAAAAUUUCCAACAAAUCCAAAAACAAAAUGAUGUUCGUAACAAAAGGAACUACGACAAAAAUGUAUCCCACAACAAUGAAAAAUUUUUUGAACCCAAUCAAAACAUAGCCCUUCAUGAUGGUACCAAAUGGGGUCCAGCAAAAAUUAUCAAACCGUCAGGCGAGCCUCGCUCCUAUUUAAUAGAAGAGCCGAAUAAUUCCAUUAAGAGAAGGAACACAAGUUUUCUAAAGAAAUCCGCGGCUACACGCUCAGAGCCAGCUGCUCCGCCCUCUCAUAUUAAUGCACCUCGCCCUAAGCGGGAAAUAAAAAAACCAGGUACCCUCAAAGAUUUUGACCUUAAGUAACCAUGACCUUUUGUAAUCAUUAUGUAAAUUUUUUUUUUUUUCCCUCGGUCAAAGGGUGAAAGUUGUUUAGCAUCUAGUUUUACUUAGUUUUAUUUUCAGGAGAAAAGGGAAAGGGAGAUGUAUUGUCCCGUCUCGUGUCGUCCCCUAGCGGCGAACAACGGAACCGGAGAGUGUGUGCGCAUCGUCAUCGUCGUUCACAUGUCGCGAUCCGAUCAUGUUCGAUUUGUCUGAAUAAACCAUGUUUCUUUGUACAGUCAAUCA